AUGGACACCAAUACCAUUGAAGGUCUCCCCGCAGACCUCGAGGACCAAAGUUCCAAGAAGCGGACCCCCUUGGCAUGUAUCAGGUGCAGAAUGAGACACAUCCGAUGCCCGGGCGGCGAUCCGUGCAAAAAAUGCGUUCUUGCAAAGACCCGUUGCGAGUACGUGGAGGGAGAUAAGAAGGUGGUGGUGUCUUUAAAGUACUUGACGAAGCUACACCAGGACAUAGGACGACUAAAGCGAGACAAUGCUGCGCUCCGAAAUGAUUUGAAACAACACGAAACCAUGCCGCAAAUUGCAAAAGACUCGGCCGACGUAACCAAGACAUUUGAACACAAUUCGCUAUUUCAUAGGUCCAAUAACCACCAUUCGUUCGAAACCCAACCUCCUGAAAAGGACCCUAAUUUCAAUAUGUUCACCACGAGCUCGGUAGCUGAUAUUAUUCACCCUACCUUGGACAAGUAUGGUCGCCUUAUCCACGCCCGAACCGGCGAAAAACUCUAUGUGGGACCGUCUUCCAUGACGCUAUUUGGGUUGGAGAUCCAGAAUAUGGUGCCUGCUUUUGCAAGUUCCAGCUUGUUCAUUGACCCUAAACGGUCCCCCAAGACAUCCACUGCCUCCACCACCACCACCUCUAUGGAUCCUCCAGUCAACGUAGACUCGAGCCACUACCCGCUGAGCGAGAGAGAAACCAGAAUACUUGAAAAAGAGGGAAACGCCUACAAAAUCACCUUGGCAAAAACAAAUACGCGCCCGGGACUUUCCAUUAAUUUCACCAUGCCAUCUUACUCCUACGCCAUGCUUCUCGUCGAUACAUUUGUCAACUACAACGAUGGAUGUUUCUAUUUCUUUAACGAGGGUCUCGUCAAGCUGUUCCUUAUGAAUUUGUACGCCGGCGACACCGCUGCAAAUAUGAAAAUUCUCAAGCGUAAUUAUGACCAGUCGCUCGUCAAUUCCACCGAGGACGAUGCCAUUCUCGAAACCCUCUGGUUCUGCAAAGUAAUGCUCAUCUUUGCCGUGGGAGAAAUGUACUUGGGCACAGAACUGAGCUCACAAGUGAAACAGCCGUACCAGCACGAAACCAAAACCCACAAAAAAAAUACCCUUCCAGGCUCACAAUUCUUCUAUCAGGCAUCCGAGUUGUUCACUGGCUUGUUUGCAUCGGGAGCCAUCGACAACACCACCAAAGAUGGAGGAAUUGAAGUCAUCUUGCUCUAUGCGUUCUACCUUCAAGUGGCAGACUGUACCAUUGCAUCCUACUUUUAUUUCGGGUUGGCACUUCGUUCGGCGCUCAUACUUGGAUGGCACGUAGAUGCGGAAAAAGGUCUGCUAAACAAGUACGAAUUGGAACAUCGACGCCGGGUUUGGUGGACCGUUUAUAUGUAUGAGCGGAUGCUCUCUUCGAAAGCGGGACUUCCUCUCAGUUUCACCGACGAUAGCGUAUCGACGGAACUUCCUCAAAAUUUGGGUUUAACCGACCACGGCGAUGGGAACUCUGAUUUAUACAUUUUUCCACCCGCUGAGUAUAUCAACAAUUGUGUUCUUAUCACCCAGAUAAACGCAAUUAUUUUAUCAUCGUUAUACACCAAACAACCCACCGUCAAUAUUUUACCGGUGGUUUCAGAGCUUGUCCACAAGUUACUCAACUGGAAGUCAGCAUUGCCCGAGUUUCUUCAGGUUAAUUACGGCGACGACGACAUAAAAGUAUCUCGUCUUAUCGUCAACCUCAUGACGGAAUAUUUUCAAGGCAUGAACCUCGCUGUUCGACCGCUUCUCUUCCAUUUUGCUACAAAGAAAUUGCAGGAGCUCCAAUCACACAGCAGCACCAACAAGUACAUCGACCUCACCAAGUAUCCCAAGAACGUAUCGAUGUUACUCAACGCUUCGUUUCAAGCAUCCAUAAACACCAUAAGAUCCAUUUGGGCUCUCGUUCCGGAAAACAUGGUGGCUCUUUUUGGCUGGAUGGACAGAGAGUACCUCUUUACGUCGUCGUCGACGCUCAUAUUGUUCAGUGCCUCAUUUGGCGUUCAUGAGGCUACAAAAGUACACCUUGACCACGCACUCACCAUUUUCACCAAAAUGAAACGUCUUGGCAAUUAUCCCGCUGCGCUUCGGCGGGCCCAGCUUGUCAAAUUGAUCAGUCUGUUGGACUUUAACGGGGUGAUGACUGAUUUAGUGGAGAAACAUGGCGAUGAUGUUCGAGAAGCGACCAGCAGUGCAACGUCGCUGAACAAUGAUAGUACUGAAUUUAGCCACGGAUUCGUUCCGGACCACGAGCCUCUUCCGCAAGACACAGCCAUAGGAAUGCAUGCCGACACCGAUUUGGCACCACAGAUUUUGCCCAAUAACAACGGCGAUUUGGCGGACAUUGAAGGAUUCGCAUUUUCCAGCGAAGAGCACAAAUUGUGGAACGAAAUCACCCAUGAAGCGGUGUGGUUGAAUAUGGGUCCCACCAAUACGGCGUGGAACCCCGACGAAGGGCGGGAUUUGGAGUUUCCAUCGACAAGCCUUGGGGGCUAUAACGACAUUGUCAACGAUGAGUUCCAGGCGAUGGACGAUUGA